AGUGGAUGAGAGGUGCAAGGAGCUUCAUGACGUAGGGCUGAUCCAACCCUCUUACUCUGAUUUUGCAGCCAGUAAAGUUAUACCGGCAAAGAAGUAACUAGCUUAUUACCAUUCCACGUGAUUAUCCAUUACUUUGCGAUUCUAGAGGCAUCACAUACUUUUGACUACCAGACCCGACCAAUUUUUCUUUUUCAUUUCAAAAACUCGCGAUAAACGGCUUAGGCAAGUCGAUCAGAAGAUAAAUUUUAAGAAGUGUGAGUUUGUUAUCACAUUAUUUGUUAUCUAGGACAUUGUAUUCUAUUCAAUGAUAUAAUGGCUCAUUGUAAUAAGGUGGCACAAUUUCCACAUUCGAUUUACAAAUCAAGGAGAUAGAGAUCAAGCACUGUCGAGAACGAGACUCACUCACCUACGUCGGGAAUUUAUGAUCUUGAAGUGGACCCCGGAAGCUGAAGAUCACCAGUAUAUUCCAAACCGAUAUCCUGUCUGGGUUAGGUUCCCCGAACUGACGACCCUCCAGUCUCAAUGGUUACCGGAACUCGCCAGCUUUCUAGGACCUGUUCUACUCCCACCAAGACGCAUGCCAAAAACAACGCAACGUAUGUGCAGGGUGUGCGUGGAGUGGACACAUGGCAAAACGCCUCCAACCAGUAUUGUAGCUGAGUUAGGGAAGGAAGUGGCACGAAUUCCAGUGGAUGUCACACAUCUUCCAAGCUCAUGUUUCAAAUGUCGAAAGCAUGGACAUGUUGCCAAAACCUGCCCAGGAGAUCCGCUGUUUCCGCAAACAAAAGGAGGAACGAACGCAGGAGAAAGACGCGAGCAGCGGCCUCCAAGAAACGCAACUGCACAACAGGUGAACAAGGCAGGAACCAGACCACCAGAGGCGUCAAAAUUGCAAGAACCAGCCACGGUUCAAACAGCAAACAUGCCUCCUCGAGCUCAACCAUCAAUUUAUCAACCUCCUGCAAUGAGGAAACAGGAGGCUUUGCGAAUUGCUAACCUAUCUCCACUUCAAGCUACUUCUACCGAACUUCCCCAACCAGAACGACGACCAUCGAGUGGAGGGUCCAAGAAAAUUUCCCGACUCGAAAUCGUUCCUACGGUCUCUCAAGUUUCACCUGCUGCAGUGAUGAGGGAACAGUUAACGAUGCCCGCUGCUGGCAACAUUUCUGCUCAAAGAUCCCAAGGCAUGGACCAAACAGAGGUGUUACGUAGCCCCAACCUCCUUCUAAGGUGGAAGGAUGCACCAAAGGAAGCCCCCACCUUCCAGAGUCUCAAAUCUGUUGAGAAUGCAGAAGAAGGCACAGCCACGUCACCGGCACCGGCGCCUAGGAGGUGGAAGCAAGCGUCCAGACGGAAAAAAUCUUUCACGACCGCGGCUACUACCGAAGCUACAGGAGCAAAACGCAAACUAACCCCUGAACUUGAAUACCGGAACAAGAUUCAAAGGGGACUUGGCAGCCCGGCUGAGGUAAUUGUGUCGUCACCUCCUGAGUCGGCUCUCGUCCCCAAGCAACUAUUGCCCAUCCUAUCAUCUCCUGAAAUCGUGUCCAACACGGGUACGACUCUGGAGAUAGAGAAGAGCUGCAGCGAAGGCAAAUCGGAACAGCAAGGGAGGAUGACCUCCCAGGACCUGAACGCCCUGACUGGUGCAGAAGACGAGAACGCAACCGACCAGAAAGCGGGUCCCAGACCUAAGAAACAGAGCGCCAAAGAGUUCCUCGCAGCAUUGGCGCCAAAAACCCGAGGCAUGAAAACUGUCUCGACAAAAAAAAGGGAGACGAGGGCAAGAAAGGGAGCAGAAGAGGGGUUGGCUGAAAUACUCCCCCAAGCUGCGCCUCAACCCUGUAACUCGGCGGGAAGUCCAGCGCUCGCUGAACCGACUACAAUUGAUGAAAAUUCUACCACCAUGCGCGGCCGGGCGGCCUUUAGUGAGCAAUGAACGUCAUCCCUGCCUAGCACCCCCUCUCCCUUAAACUAGUGUACUGGAACGUGGGGGGUUUAAACGGGACCACUAGAAAAUACAAAAUAAAGGAGCUAUACUACAAUAGCGAGGUUAGACCAGACAUUCUAGCAAUCCAGGAGCACAAGCUUGAUGAAUUUGCUAUAAGUGCAGUAGGCAAUCUUCUCAGUCGUGACUUACGAACUGUGUGCUCCCCGGGUCAGAAAGGCACGAGGGGCAAUGGCACUGGAGGGACGGCACUUUUUAUUCACAAGAGUUUCAGGAUCAUGUCAUCUGGCAUUUCAGAGGAUGGCUACGUAACGUGGGCCCAGGUGACAAAAGAGGGCCAUGAAUUUUUUGUCGCUUCAGUCUACGGACCUCACUCACCAGGAGCAAGGGCAGCUCACUGGACCGCACUGCGAAACAUGUUUCCCCAUACCGACAUUCUACUUUGUGGAGAUUGGAACAUGG